AUGUCGGGUCCGCCUGGCCGCGCCGCGCUGCUAUUGCUGCUGGGGCUGCCCUGUCUCCUGCUAGCACUGCCGCCGGGGAGCGGCGGGCGGCCCCGCUACGAGCCCACCUGGGGCUCGCUGGACGCCCGGCCGCUGCCCGCCUGGUUUGACGAAGCGAAGUUUGGCAUCUUCAUCCACUGGGGCGUGUUCUCGGUGCCCAGCUUCGGCAGCGAGUGGUUCUGGUGGUACUGGCAGAAGGAAAGGAGAGCACCCUAUGUGAGAUUUAUGGAGGCAAAUUACCCACCUGCAUUCAGUUAUGAAGAUUUUGGGCCACUCUUUACAGCAGAAUUCUUUGAUCCCAACCAGUGGGCAGAUACUCUGAAGGCCUCAGGUGCAAAGUAUGUUGUCUUAACUUCGAAACAUCAUGAAGGCUUUACUCUGUGGGGGUCCAAAUACUCUUGGAACUGGAAUGCUGUUGAUGUGGGACCAAAACGAGAUCUUGUGGCUGAACUAGCAACAUCUGUUAGAAACAGGACUGACUUGCAUUUUGGGUUAUAUCAUUCCCUAUUUGAAUGGUUUAAUCCUCUCUUCCUUGAGGAUGCCACCAACGUCUUUAAGACAAGAAAGUUUCCAACCACUAAAUCGUUACCAGAACUCUAUGAAAUCGUGACCAAGUACCGUCCGGAAAUAAUUUGGUCUGAUGGGGAUGGGAAUGCGCCAGAUGCUUACUGGAACAGCACUGGUUUCUUGGCUUGGCUGUAUAAUGACAGCCCCGUCCGGGACACGGUUGUGACCAACGAUCGGUGGGGAGCUGGCAGCCUGUGUACGCAUGGUGGCUUCUACACGUGUAGCGACCGGUACAACCCCGGCCACCUACUGCCACACAAGUGGGAGAACUGUAUGACUAUUGACAAGGAGUCGUGGGGGUACAGGAGGAACGCACAGCUUGAUGAUUACCUCACAACUGAGGACUUGGUGAAGCAACUUGUAGAAACUGUGUCUUGUGGAGGAAAUCUCUUGAUGAAUAUUGGGCCCACUCACGAUGGUCGCAUCGCUGUUGUAUUUGAGGAACGCCUGAGGCAGAUGGGUGCCUGGCUGAAGGUCAAUGGAGAAGCCAUCUAUGGGACGAAACCAUGGAGAGCACAGAAUGACACAGUCACACCAGAAGUGUGGUACACUUUCAGCCCUAAAGAAGGCAAAGUCAAUGUUAUCUUCUUUAACUGGCCAGUCUCAGGGACUCUGGAACUCGGUGAGCCACAGGCUAAAGUUGGAGAAACACAGGUGAAGCUGGCUGGCUACAAGGAACUGCUGAAAUGGAUUGCACUGGGAAAAAAGGGAAUCAUUAUAGCUCUACCUCAAUUAAGUCCUAAGCAAUUACCAUGUCAGUGGGGCUGGACUUUGCAACUGACAAACGUAAACUGA